ACAAAAAAUUAUGACAUCUAGCUUGACAUUUACAAGGUGCAGGGUUUUACAGUUGACACAUCGAAGCUGUCGACUUGUUAGUCAGACAUGUAGUAUUGGAACAUCAAGCAAUCAUGCGCCAGAAGAGGAACAAGAACCGGAUGAAGAAAGAACCCUGCAGUAUGAUGAUCUUUACCCUGGACACAUCCCUACAACAUUAUUCCAGAAAGUUCUUUUAUCAGCUGGAUCAGCUGCAAUGUCUUUAUAUGAUCCAAGAAGAGAUGAUAUGAUAUCCACUCUAGGGGAGACCACAGGAUAUUUUGCUCUGAAGAAAAUGAAACAGAAAAUGUUGGAAGAUCCUGUUGGCAGACAAAUUAUUGAGGAAGAGCCAGAAAUUAAUACAUCCACUUUAUCUAUAGAUUACUUAGGGAGUUUAUCAGAGGAAACUUUUGGUAAAAAAUACUGGAAUUUUCUCAGUAAAAAUGGUUUCUCCCCUGAUGCAAGACUUCCUGUACAUUUUGUAGAUGAUCCAGAAUUAAAAUAUGUUAUGUUACGAUAUAGACAGACACAUGAUUUAUUUCACUCUGUACUGGGAAUGCCUCCUCAUAUGUUAGGAGAAGUAGCGGUGAAAUGGGUGGAAGCUAUUCAAACAGGACUUCCCAUGUGUGCACUAGGGGCAUUUUUUGGACCUCUGAGAUUAGGGCCCGUUAAUAAACAGCAGUAUUUGAGCACAUACUUACCCUGGGCCAUCAGAUGUGGAACUAAUUCCAAGUUUUUGAUGGCUGUAUAUUGGGAGAAACAUUGGGAACAAAAUCUGACAGAUUUACGAAAGGAACUAAAUAUAGAACCAGCUCCUGUACUUUAAGAAAACAAAUAAAUAUUUAGUGCUA